ACAAAUACGAGUUGCGGUUAUUGUGAUAUUGCGAACAAAUAAAAUAAAAUCUUGCUGCCUUUAAACCCUACGCGCUCAUCCUCUCUAAGAAAACCUCCUAUGGCGACGACCCAAGCAGGAAUACCAGCAGAUAUCAUUCGCGCUGUACUCUUGAAACUGCCCGUGAAAUCUCUGCUGAAGUUUGAGGGCGUAUGUAAAGAGUGGCGCUCCUUCAUACGCGAUUCAGAUUUCAAGCACUCCUAUCGAGGGGAAGAGCGGUUGAUUGCCCUAACGAAGUCGUCGGAUUUUUCCCAUCCGAUAAAGAUUAGCGUUGUUGAUCCCUUAAGCCACUUUAAUGUCCUUGAAGAGCUUGGCGAGUUCACAGAGCAUUUGUCCUUUCUUAUGGACAAGCGCUCUUAUAGGCCUCAUGUUUUGGGUUGCUGCAAUGGCCUUGUGCUUCUCUCUUUUAGUUCUCAUAUUUUUCUGUGGAAUCCAUCAACCCGACAUUGUUCAAAAGUGCUUCAGCUCUCGACUGAUUCCGUAGGUGGCCCCAAGGGUUCAAGUUUUUUCUAUGACUCUUCAACUGGAGAUUACAAUGCCAUUGUAUUACUUCCCCGUUUGGUUCUUGUUGCCAGCCUCAAACAGAAAGAGUGGCGAGAGGUGUUCCUUCCCAACAACCUGCGUUGUGGUAAACAUUACCUUCAAUUCCGCAAUAUAUUUCAUUUUGAAGCAAUUGAUCUAAAUUGGGGGACAUAUCACUUUUCACGAAGGUAUAAAAUCCUUUAUUUUGAUUGGGAGAGUGAAAAGCUUAAACCUUUCCCUGCACCCAAAGUAAAGGAUGGAGUAGGUCAAGAAAUAAGUGCUUUUGGAGUUAUAGAGGAUUGUUUUUCUGUGGCUAUCCAUAGUAGGUGUGACAAUAGGGCAGAAAUACUUUCCAUGAAGAAAUAUGGUGUAGCUGAAUCCUGGGUUAGUAUGUUUAUCAUCUCAGGGUCUGAACUCCCGAUGCUUUAUUAUGACAGAGCCACCUUUUAUUCUCUGAAAAACAAGGGUUUAAUUUGCCAUUGUUGGCUUCCGCCUACAAUGUUUGUUCUUGAUAUGGAGACAAAAGAAAGAAAGACUGUACUAGGCGGCAUAACAAGGGACUCCAUUCCUUGGGGACUUGAUACAUGUCUGGUUGUUGAAAGUCUAGCCUCUCCCCAUGAAUUUGUUUGGAUAGAUGAUCAACACAAACAUUUCGCGAAGGAGAUUCCAUUAAGAGGAACUAGUCUUAAUAUUAUAGGACGUGUGGUUUAGCAAUAUCAAAUUUAAUUUCUCUAUUUUAUAAUGUUUUGAUAUAUUUAUUAAGAACUAAUAUUGACAAUAAACUUAUAGAAAUACUGUAUUGCAUUUCAUUUUGUUGAAUUCUCCUCAUGUUGCUCAUAUGGAUGUAUUUUGAAGUAUUAAUUUCACAGUACCUAAAGAUUGCGCUAGACAUCCUGGGC